CUCGUUAGCCAGUAUGACAGUUGGUGGCUUGUGGGCUAAGCGCUGUGGGGAAGGUUCUGGUGUCUGUAAGACCGUAAACUGUCUUGUUUUUGGUUUUUGUGUCCAUAACAGGGGUCUCAACGGUGACCGGAGGCGGAGAAACGAGAGAAAACGGGGGAAAAGGGAGCUGUCGUGUGUGAUUUAACCGCUUUCCUGCUUGCUAGCUAGCUUCAACAACUCCUUGUUGACGUUAUCGCUGAGUUAGCUGGCCGGACUUUGAGCCAGGAGCCGCGGCGCAGGACCCGUGCGAGGGGAGAGAUGUCUCCGGGGGAGAACCCUCACCUUCUCCUGGGGCGGAUUCGCUGCCUGAACCGCUGUAUCGAGUGCUUCAGGAGAGGCGAAGCUCUGCCGGAGAGCCUGUGCUUCGUGCCGAAGGAGGUGUGCUACAAAAUCUGUAAGGACUCGUCCGCCGGCUCCGGAUCCUCCUCCUCUUCGGCUUCAUGUGGAAACUCCGGGGGUAAGACCCUGGUUCCAGUGUGGGACCACCCGAACCAGCCCCCCAACAGGAAGACAGCCAAAUGCACCAUCGAGCCUAAAAAAGGGACCUGCAUACGGACAUCAGGGGAAGAGUACUACAACAGCCACGGCCUGUGGGUCAAAAUCAGCAAGGAGCAGCUGGAGGAGUACCGCAAUGGAGUGGAGAUGGAUGAGGGCUGGAUCCUGGCCUGUAAACACGCCGAGGGAGGACACCGGCUCGUUCCCGUUGAAGCCCCGGACACAGCCAGCAGGGAGCAGCAGCUUUUCGGCUACGACCACAAGCCUUGCAACAGGUGGGAGCAGGUGGUGGAUGCGGAGAACUGCCUGUACCUGGGGGGCAAACCCAGAGUGGCAGAGUAUGAUGAGGCCGCGGUGCAGAAGCUCAGAUAUGUUCCCGCCACCUGGACGUUUGAGUGUGAUGAGGACCUUGUUCACUAUUUUUAUGAUCAUGUUGGUAAAGAGGAUGAAAACCUAGGCAGUGUGAAGCAGUGCGUGAGCAGCAUUGAUGUCUCCUCAUGCUCGAAGGACCCGAAUGGUGGAGCCAGCUGCCUGACUGAUGGAGACACUGAGACGUACUGGGAGAGCGACGGAAUGCAGGGACAGCACUGGAUCCGCCUGCACAUGAAGAGAGGAACUGUGGUCAAUAAGCUGAUAUUGACAGUGGAUUCUACAGAUGACACCUACAUGCCUAAGAGAGUGACAGUGUUUGGUGGGGAGGGAGAUAACCUUAAGAAAUACGGCGACGUCAACAUUGAUGAGAAUCUGAUCGGUGAGGUGUGCGUGUUGGAGGACAUGACGAUACACUUGCCGAUCAUUGAGAUCAGGAUCGAGGAGUGCAGAGAUGGGGGGAUUGACGUGCGGAUCCGAGGGCUGAAGAUAAAGUCUUCAUGUGAACGUGAUCUGGGUCUGAACGCUGACGUGUUCCAGUCGCCCCACCUGGUGCGGUACCCUCGACUGGAGGGAACUCCUCCUGACGUGCUGUACCGCCGCGCGCUCGUCAUCCUGAGGUUCAUCUCACUCCUGGAUAGCCUUUUGCCUCACCUGGUGCCAGCCUGGGACUACAGCCUGGGCACCUUUAACCAGAUUAAAAGUAUAAAGCAGUUCCUGCUUCUGUCCAAACGCCGCUCAACCCUCAUCAUCCAGUGCCUGAAAGAUUCCGAAUCCAGCAAGCCUAACUUCAUGCCUCGCCUCUAUAUUAACCGCCGCCUGGCCAUGGAGCACCGGGACAACCCCAGCCUCGACCCCACCUGCAAAAAUGCUGUUUUCACUCAGGUGUAUGAGGGUUUAAAGCCAUCAGACAAAUAUGAAAAGACUCUAGACUACAGAUGGCCUGUGCGUCAUGACCAGUGGUGGGAGUGUAAGUUUAUCGCAGAGGGGAUCAUCGAUCAAGGAGGAGGCUUUCGGGACAGUCUGGCGGACAUGUCUGAGGAACUCUGUCCCAGCUCGGCUGAAUGUGCCAUGCCUCUGCCUUUCUUCACCAGAACCUCGAACCAGGGAGCUGGAGAGGCAAGAGAUUUUUACGUGCCUAACCCGUCGUGCCGAGAGUUCCACAAGUUGGAGUGGAUCGGGCAGCUCAUGGGAGCGGCUCUGCGCGGGAAAGAUUUCUUGGUUCUUGCUCUGCCUGGGCUGGUGUGGAAGCAGCUCACUGGAGAGGCAGUCAGCUGGAGCGAAGAUUUUCCUGCAGUGGACUCUGUGCUGGUGAAGCUGCUGGAGGCGAUGGAGCACAUGGAUAAGGAGACGUUUGACUUUAAGUUUGGCCAGGAGCUGGUGUACAGCACUCCGCUGAGCGACGGCCGGCUGGUGGAGCUGAUCCCCGGGGGCGGGUCAGUGGUGGUGCGUUAUGAGGACCGCAUGGAGUUCGUCCGGCUGGUGCAGAAAGCCAGACUUGAGGAGAGCCGGGAACAGAUAGCAGCCAUUCAGGCAGGCCUUCUGAAGGUGGUGCCGCAGGCUGUCCUGGAUCUUCUGGCGUGGCAGGAGGUGGAGAAGAAAGUGUGCGGAGACCCAGAGAUCACUGUGGAGGCUCUAAAACGUCUCACUCGCUAUGAGGAUCUGGAGCCGACAGAUAUCAGAGUGCAGUAUCUCUGGGAGGCCCUGACCAACUUUACUAACGAGGACCGCAGCAGGUUCUUAAGGUUUGUGACGGGUAGAAGUCGACUUCCUGCUCCGAUCUACAUCUUCCCAGAUAAACAAGGAUCUGAAACCACAGAUGCACUUCCACAGUCUUCAACCUGUUCCAGCACACUUUAUCUACCAAAAUAUCCAAGUGCUAAAGUUUGUGAAGAGAAGCUUCGCUACGCUGCGUAUAAUUGUGUGGCCAUCGACACAGACAUGAGCCCUUGGGAAGAGUGACCGGUCCACAUCACGUUUACCAAUUUUACACCACAGGAUUUUUACAUCGGUAGCUUUAGACAUCACUAUCCACGAGAACGUAUCUAUAGUGUUGCCAAUUGCAGAUGUACAUAAUAAACCAAUAUCUUAAACAUUCA